GUUCCGGCUCGUUCCCCUGCGACCUCUAUAUAUGCAGGUUCCGACUUGUUCCCCUGCGACCUCUAUACGCAGGUUCCGCCUCGUUUCAGGGCGACCUGAAAACGUACCUCCUACGUCAGCGCGACGCCGUCGCGGCGACCUCUAUACGCAGGUUCCAGCUCGUUCCCCUGGGACCUCUAUACGCAGGUUCCGACUCGUUUCAGGGCGACCUGAAGACAUACCUACUGCGUCAUAGCGACGCCGCGGCCGACGACUCGGUCCUGCGACGCGGCCUGCUGCUCAAGAUGGCGUGCGACGUCGCCGCGGGGAUGCAGCACGUGCACGAGCGAGGCUUCGCUCACCCCGACCUCGCCGCGCGCUCCUGCCUCGUCGCCGGCGACCUCACGGUCAAGGUCGGCGACUACGGCAUCUCGCAGGACAAGUACAAGGGCGACUACUACAACGUCGGGGACUUUGCCGUGCCGAUCCGCUGGUGUGCGCCGGAAACUCUCAGCUGCUCCGAGUAUAUCGUUGGGCAGGCGGGGCGAGGUGGACGAAGGAAGCCAACGUGUGGUCGUUUGGCGUGGGCUGAGCUAUGGGAGGCUUUGAUGGAGUUUU